AUGACUUAUGCACAACAUAUGCCAUGCCAGCUUCAGUAUGAGCAGUGCAUGAUUCAAUUUGUGGUGUUUUCAGGUGCAGAACAUGCGGCACCAGGUCGAGCUUUCAUAGCCAUGAACUUCCUCGCUCAUUCAGUCAUGUACACUUACUACACCUUCACAGCUUACGGAAUACGUGUACCAAAAUGGGUCUCGAUGGGUGUCACAACUAUUCAAACCGCUCAGAUGUUGGCUGGAGUAGCUGUCUCCUAUAUUGUCUAUCGAAUUAAAACCGAGUCCAAUCUGCCAUGCCAGCAAUCAAUGGCCAACCUCUAUUUGGCCUUCAUCAUCUAUGUCACGUUUGCUGUGCUGUUCCUUCAGUUCUUCUACAAAGCCUACAUCGCAAAAUCUAAGAAGUCAAAGACUUUAUAA